AUGAAUAAUAUAUUUUUAUUAAAUGAUUCUAUUACUAAUGGAUUUAGAAUAGAAUUUGUAGAUAUUAUUUAUUUAGUAUCUAUUUUAUUAGGUAUACUUACUAUAAGUAGUAGAAAUCCUGUAGUAUCUGUUUUAUUUUUAAUAGGUUUAUUUGUUAAUGUUGCAGGUUUAUUAAUUUUAGUAGGAUAUAAUUUUAUAGGAUUAGCUUAUAUAUUAGUUUAUGUAGGUGCUGUUUCUAUUUUAUUUUUAUUUAUUUUAAUGUUAAUUAAUAUUAGAGUUUCUGAAUUAUUUAAUGAUACUAAUAAUGAUUUACCUUUAGCUAGUUUAACUAUUAUUCUUUUUUAUUAUAUAAUGGCACAGGUAUUACCUAUAAAUUUUACAGAAAAUAGUAUUGUUUCUUAUUUAUCUAAUUCAUAUUCUGAUGUAUAUAAUGUACAAUUAGAUAAUGAAUUCUUUAAUAUAGUUGAUUUAAAACAACAAAUUGGUUAUGCAAGUAGUAAAGGUAUACAAGCUGUUAAUCCAUUUGAAUUACCAUUAUUAAACACUAUAUUAUUAUUAUCUUCAGGUGUGACAAUUACAUAUGCUCACCAUUCUUUAAUACAAGGUAAUAGAAAAGGUGCUUUAUAUGGUACAGUUGUAACAAUUAUAUUAGCUGUAAUAUUUACUUUCUUCCAAGGUGUUGAAUAUUCAGUAUCUUCUUUCACUAUUUCUGAUAGUGUUUAUGGUUCAUGUUUCUACUUUGGUACUGGUUUCCACGGUUUACACGUUAUUAUUGGAACAGCUUUUUUAGCUGUAGGAUUAUGA